AUGUCUCUUGCUUCCGCUGAUAUGAAGCGAGAGAUCCACGCCAAACCAGAAUAUGGUCGGAAGUAUGUUAGGUACCUCAAGAAUGUCCUAAGAAAGGAUGGCAAUGAUGGUAGUUAUUUUGCUCUCGAAAAGACAAUUGACAAUAUGAUCGUGUAUUACGACCACCACCUUAAACACUUUACCGAAAACGUAAUUAUUCUUGCAGCGGAAAAGCAGCUUAUCCGCGACAUUCCCAAGAUCCUCGACUGGAAGCUACAUUUCAGCAGGAUGGACGAUGCCUCCAUCAAGGCCUUGGCUGGAGAGCCUCCCGAGAUUCCGCGAAAACGGGAAAGGCUUGAGGGGGAGAAGACAAGUGGUUCACAUAUGAGGAGCCGGUCUGCGACGAACGACUUUGUUAAUGGCGUCAAAAUGCGAGAAGUCGAAGAAGAUCUCUGA